AUGAAUUUCCUCCGCCGCCGCCUCUCCGACAGCAACUUCAUGACCAACCUCCCCAACGGAUACAUGAUGGACCUGCAACGGCCCGACGGCACCACCGCCACCGGCGCCGCCGCCGCCGCCACCGCCACCUCCACCGCGACCUCGCCCGCCCCCGAGCGCCGGCAGUCCAUGCAGACCGUCCCGUCCGCCUCCAUGGCUCCGCCGGUGACCGGCAGCGGCGGUGGCUUUUUCAGUUCGCUGUCUCAGGCGGUGAAGCAGACGACCGGGCUGGGAGACCAGUCCUCAUCUCACGCGGCCAAGCGGCCCAAGGUCCUGCUCGUCAUCGACGAUCGGCACACGGACUGGGCCAAGUUCUUCAAAGGCAAGAAGAUACAUGGAGAAUACGACAUCAAGGUGGAACAGGCGGAGUUUUCUGAGAUCAACCUGGCCGCUUACACGGAGACUGGCUGUAUGGUGGACAUGCAGCUCAUGAGGAACGGCACCAAGGUAGUGAGAUCGUUCAAGCCGGACUUCGUGCUGGUCCGGCAGCCGGCGCGCGGCACGGGCGAAGAUUUCCGGACGCUGCUCGUGGGCCUGGAGUACGGCGGCGUUCCGGCCGUCAACCCCCUCUCCUCCGUGCACGCCUUCUGCGACAAGCCGUGGGUGUUCUCGCAGCUGAUCAGAAUACGCAAGAACCUGGGGAGCAAAAGGUUCCCAUUGAUCGAGCAGUCCUUCUUUGCCGACCACCGUGAGAUGCUGACUGCGUCCACCUUCCCGGUCGUGGUUAAGAUCGGCCACGCUCACUCUGGCAUGGGCAAGGUGAAGGUGGAGAACCAUUACGACUUCCAGGACAUGGCCGGCGUGGUCGCCAUGGCCCAGACCUACGCCACCUGUGAGCCUUUCAUCGACUCGAAAUAUGACAUCCGCGUCCAGAAGAUAGGCGCCAACUACAAGGCCUACAUGAGGACCUCCAUCUCGGGGAACUGGAAGGCCAACACGGGCUCGGCAAUGCUGGAACAAAUCGCCAUGACGGAGAAGUACCAGCUGUGGGUGGACGCGUGCGCCGAGAUGUUUGGCGGCCUGGACAUCUGCGCGGUGAAGGCCGUCCACGGGAAAGACGGGCAGGACUACAUCAUUGAGGCGAUGGACAGCACCAUGCCGCUGAUUGGCGAGCACCAGGACGAGGACCGGCAGCUGGUGACCGAGCUGGUGGCCACUCGCAUGGACCUGCUGCUGCCCAAGGCCGAGGAGCUCGCCGCUCAGAGGGCGGCGCAGGCAAGCGGAGCUCCGUGUCUUCCACCGCAGCAGGGAUGUCUGCAGUAUAUUCUCGACUGCAAUGGCAGCACGCCAGGCAGUCCCCAGCAGCCAGCACCGAGCUCGAGUGUCGCUCAGAAACAGCCAACGCCGACAGUUCUACAGCGCAGCGCGUCCACCGACAAGGCCCCCACGGCUCUGCAGCAGCAAAAGUCUGGUCCAGCAGCGGCCGCGGCGGCGGCGGCGGCGGCGAGCGGAGGAGCCAAGCCAAAGUCUGGAGGAAACCCCCAGACCCAGCAACCGCGGCCCAGCGCUCCGGGCCAGCCAGUGCCGCCAGACAGGCAGGGGGCGGCAGGGCCCACCGGGAGUACGACCAAACACUCGCAGCAGCGGACGUCGGCAUCGUCGGCAUCGUCGGCUUCGUCGUCCUCUGCCAGCAGUCCUGCUGAUGCCGCUGCAGCAGCAUCUGCAGCAGCUGCCACCCCCGCUGCAUCGACCAAGCCGGAGCAGAAGCCGCACCCGCAGCUCAACAAGUCGCGGUCGGUGUCGGGCACGAUGGGCGGCGGGGACGGCGCCGGCAAGGCCGGUUCCGGCGAGGAGGAGGCCAAAGCCGAGACGAUCCGGACGCUGCGCAAGUCGUUCGCAAGCCUCUUCUCCGACUAAGGCCCACGGUCGAUGACUCGCGCUCCGCGACACGCCAAUUUCUCGCUGCGUCGCCGGUGGCUCGCUCGCAAUGCUCGCUCACGUGGCUCGCGUGGCUCACUCGUGUGGCUCACGUGGCUCACUCACGUGACUCAC